AUGCUGACGGUGUGUGAGUAUGAGCGUGUAUGUGUACAUGUGACUGCACAACGCACACUGUCAGGCGGUGAGAAACGAGCGAGUGCCUUCCACAAAAGCAGAUGAGGUACAGAAGCAGCGCCAGCAGCAAGAGAAGCAAGCAUUUAGCCCUGUAGCGAAAAAGGAAAUCAAUAUAUAAAAUUCGUGCCUAAAGACAAAAGUAAUCCAGUGACACAACAAAGAGUUUUCGAAGGACCUGGAGGAGCACUGCGUGGAGUGACUUAUCUCUAAGUGAAAUACUCAACACCAUCAUCACCGAAUAUCAUCAUGGAAAAGCGUAUUUUGUUGGAAAAAAGAGGUCGAUCGGAUGAUGAGAUCACAGAGCUCAUUCUGGACAACUGUCGGAGCACGUACAUCGAUGGGCUCACAGACAGCUUCACAGCACUCGAAACGCUCAGCCUCAUCAACGUCGGGCUGGUUUCGCUGAAAAAUUUCCCCAAGCUGUCCAACCUCCGCAAGCUGGAACUCUCGGACAACAGAAUAUCGAACGGGCUGAACCACCUUACCGGUAGCCCGAAACUUACACAUCUGAACCUGUCCGGCAACCGGAUUAAGGACUUCGAUGAGCUUCAGCCGCUGAAAGAUUUGGAGAACCUGGAAGUGCUGGAUCUGUUCAACAAUCAGGUGACACUGAUUGAAAACUAUCGUGAGAAAUUGUUUCAACUGAUUCCAUCGCUCAACUAUCUGGAUGGAUUCGACAAAGAGUAUGUGGAAGCACCAUCCGAUGAGGAAGACAUGGCUGGCGCGACCACAGAAGAGGAGGAACCGGAGGACUCAUGCGAAGAAUCGGAUGAGGAAGAAGUUUCGCUAGCCUACCUGUACAACGACAACCUGGAGGAGGAUCAGGAGGAUUGGAAGAGCGUCGAGAGUGACUACAACAACGCCGACGAAGAGUUUGACAGUGAGGAGGAAGAGGAUGAAGAAGGUGGCGGCGGCGGUGGUGGUGGUGGCGAGAAUGAGGGUGAAGAUGGUGGAGACAGCGAUGGCGAGGGGGAGGAUGAAGAAGGCGAAGAAGAGGAAGAUGGUGAAGAUGAUGCCGAUGGGUCGGAGGCUGCAGCAUCGUCGACCGCUGCAGCGGCGGCGGAAGCAGACGAAUCAAAAUCUACAGCAACAGAAGCGGCAGCCGCCACAUCGUCAACCACAGAAGAUGUUGCGAAAGAAGGUGAACCGGAAGCAAGGGGCAAGAAGAGAAAGUUCCAAGGCACGGACAGCGACGGUUAAGCGGCACGCUAAACGCUUCCAAGUCAUACACAAAACCUAAUACAAAUGUGUGGAGGUGUAACGACAACGCGCUGGAGGCUCUUUCGCUCGACGGCGUGUCAUUCGUUGCCCUUCCACACGCAAAGCAAACGUUUAUCCCCCAACCAACAACAAUUCAUGCAAUUCGUCAUCACUCCGCUACUGUCGUUCGCGCAGUAGUGUAAUGGAUAUGUAACUACAAAGUUUUAUCUUCUUUUUUUACCAUCAAAAGAAAAUGUGUAACAGCAGCUAGCUAUCAUAGAUUGAUAAAAUCCGCAACAAUAUAUACAUAUAGAAGAAGAGCGAACAUUUCCCCACAAUAGACGCCAACACACACACACACCAUACACGCUCCGAAUACUUUUAAACCCCAAAACAAACAGUGUAAGUAAGGAAUUUUUGAACCAAAAGAUUGUAAAACACAGAAGAAGAAAAAACUUUAAAACAAAAUAGAUUCAGCAAAAGACACACCCACACAUACGGCGCGGGGAUUGCGUGUAUGUGUUUGGACCCACAGCGCAGAAUUGUGAAGAAAAUAAAUCAAAGACGUAUGGGGUAUGACGAGAUGAAAUGAUAGGCCUCCCCCGCGUACAGCAUUUCCGGUCAGUUAAGAAAACUAAGAGUAUAUACAUACUUCAAAUGAUAAUCGAACUUUUGUUUUGAUUUAUUUUAAUAACUUUUUAACUGUGUAAGCAUAUUUUGUUGUGUUUCAGGGAAUAGAGCAAUGUGAAAGUAGCUUGCGGCAAGUGAUAUUUGUACGUUCUUUUAAAUUAACAAAAUCACUUCGACGGGGCAGCAAAGGAGGGGAGGAUAGGUAGUAGAAGCGGCGGUAGGGAAGAAUCGGUCGGAAUGUAAGGUAAUUGUUGAGUUUCAUAAAAUUUCCUUGUGCGGUGUGCGGUUCUAUAAGCAAGUACGACCAAAAUGUGUGACACCUUUUGAAUAGUGUUGCCUAAGAUGUGGCCGUGCGCUUUAGCUCUCAUCAUUUUAUCGUCGGUGGUUAUACACCAUCACCAUUACCACCACACCACAACCACCACCACCACGACAACCACCAAGACUCUUCCGUCAAGAUUCUUCCCAAAAUGCGCAGUCAGUGGUUUCAACUUCGUACAGUUUGCGUGUUAACAAGUUUUCUAGCGUAGACGAUCCGGAUCGGAUCCGGAUCGUGUAUAGCAAGUGGUGUGUAACGAGGGGGAAGAGAGAAGAGUAAUCGUAAAGGGGGAAGAAGGACAAGUGGUAGCAAGGAAAAACAAGGCCAAGAUGAAAGAGACCAUACAAAAUAAAUGUAAUCGACGACCUGAUAUGAAACCCAAUGUAGUGUUACUUUUAA